AUGGCAGCUUUCAACCUCACUCCCUCUGGCACAUCAACAUUCAUUUUAACAGGCAUCCCUGGCCUGGAAGCUGCCCACAUCUGGAUUUCCAUCCCGUUCUCUAUUUUCUACGUUUUCAGCCUGUUGGGAAAUUUCACGGUUCUGUUUGUGGUAGGCAAAGAACAGACCCUGCACACGCCGAUGUACCUGCUCCUCUGCAUGCUGGCGCUCGCCGACAUUGGCAUGUCUAGCUCUGUCGUGCCCAAGGCCCUGUGCAUAUUUUGGUUUAAUUUGAAAAGCAUCACCAUGGGGGGCUGCCUCACCCAGAUGUUCUUCCUUCACUCGGUUUCAGUUAUAAAGUCAGCUGUUCUCGUGGCAAUGGCCUUCGAUCGCUACGUGGCCAUAUGUAACCCUCUGAGAUACACCACCAUCCUCACCAAUGCACGAAUAGCUAAGCUAGGGCUAGUGUGUGUGAUAAGAGCUGUUCUCCUCAUUCUGCCCCUGCCUCUGCUCCUGGGCAGGCUGCCAUUCUGUGUCAACCGCAUUAUCCCCCACACGUACUGUGAGCACAUGGCUGUGGCAAAGAUUUCAUGUGGGGACAUCACAGUCAACAGACUGUAUAGCUUAGUCAUAGCAUUUGUAGUCAUCUCAUUAGACUUGAUGGUCAUUAUGCUGUCCUACUGUGUGAUCCUCAGGGCCAUCCUCAGGAUCUCCUCCAAGAAAGCCCACCUGAAAGCUCUCAACACCUGCACCGCCCACAUCUGCAUCAUACUGUCCUCUUACGCUUCCAGCCUCUUCUCCAUCCUGACCCACCGAUUCGGUCAGGGCAUCGCUCCCCAUGUUCACAUCAUCUUGGCCAACCUCUAUUUCCUCCUCCCUGCCGUACUCAACCCCAUCAUUUAUGGGGUCAAAACCAAAGAGCUUCGCGACAAAGUGGGCAAAUACACCUGCAGAAUGUAA